ACUUGCCUCUUUUGCCACAUCUUUGCUCGUCUGAAUCUCCGUGCAGUUGGCUUGGUUGACAAGUUCUCCCUUUCCCUCUCAAAAUGUCGAAGCAGGUCUCCAUAAAAAUUGAAUUCAGUGGAGGGCUCGAGCUGCUCUUCGACAACCAGCGAUCGCAUCGCGUCGUCCUCCCUGCCCGCGUCUCCGCCACACCCGCGGACGCGAAGAGGAGCCUCAAGGACGACGCGGGGGCAGCGGAGGGAGACGGCCGGCCUGUGGACGUGGCGUAUCUCAUCCUAUGGCUGAAGGAUAACCUGCUGAAGGAGAGGGAGGAGCUGUUCGUCGAGAGCGGAACCGUGCGACCAGGGAUUCUUGUCCUCGUGAACGACACGGAUUGGGAGCUGGAGGGUGAGGGGGACUACCAGCUCAAAGACGGAGACGAGAUCGUAUUCAUCUCGACGCUGCACGGAGGAUGAAGACAUGUCGGAUCCGUGGCGACCAUAUGUGAGCCAUAAAUUGCAACCGUGAGCCGUUGGUUGAUCUGCCUGUUUUAUUCUCAGUAAUAUAGGCAUCGAUCUCGUCCGUUUCAACAUCGGAACGAGCGAACACUGGUACGACUCACACAAUAUAGCCUGGGACACGGCGGCUCAGGCGUGUAGAGGGUAGGCAGGACGAGGAAGGGGCUGAACAAGGUGGCAGAUGG